AUGCCAGUCACCAACUUUGAGUUCAAGGAAAAGUACCGGUACCAGAAUGGCUUUGAUUCCUACCUAGAAUCCGAAGCCGUCUCUGGCGCUCUCCCCAUUGGCCACAACUCUCCUCAGAAGCCUCCCCUCGGCCUCUACGCCGAAAAGCUCUCCGGAACCGCCUUUACAGCUCCUCGCCACGAGAACAAGCAAUCAUGGCUCUACCGCAUCCUCCCCUCGUGCUCACACCCGCCCUUCGUCGAUGCCACGCCGGCUAAGAACGUCCAGGAGCCUGUCCUCGAGCAAUCCCCCUCCAAGCUUCACUACAUCCCCAACCAACUCCGGUGGGACCCCUUCGACCACGAGUCCGACACCGAUUUUGUCUCCGGCCUACGUCUCGUCGCCGGCGCCGGCGACCCCACGCUCAAGCAAGGGCUGGGCAUGUACGUCUACGCGGCUGGAAAAUCCAUGGACGCCCACUCAGCCUUCUACUCCGCCGACGGUGACUUGCUCAUCGUCGCGCAAGACGGCGUGCUCGACAUCCGCACCGAGUUCGGCUGGCUGCUAGUCCGGCCCAUGGAAAUCGCCGUCAUCCCGCGCGGCGUGCGCUACCAAGUCCUUCUCCCCUCGGGUCCCGUGCGCGGCUACGCCCUGGAGCUCUACCAGGGCCACUUCCAGCUUCCCGAGCUGGGUCCCAUCGGAUCCAACGGGCUGGCCAACGCGCGCGACUUCCAAGCGCCCCUGGCCUGCUUCAGCGAAGACCACGGCUCCAUCGCGCUUGAUGGACCUAACAGUUACACCAUCACCGCCAAGUUCAAUAACACGCUUUUCGAAACCAAACAGCCGCAUACCCCCUUCAACGUGGUCGCUUGGCACGGGAAUUAUUACCCUUACAAAUACGACCUGGGACGGUUCAACACCAUUGGCUCCAUCAGCUUUGACCACCCGGACCCGUCCAUCUUCACGGUCCUCACAGGGCCCUCGGACCAUGUGGGCACAGCUAUCGCUGACUUUGUUAUUUUCCCGCCGCGCUGGCUGGUGGGCGAGGAUACCUUCCGUCCGCCGUGGUACCAUAGGAACACGAUGAGCGAGUUCAUGGGCUUGAUCACGGGGGCGUAUGAUGCGAAGAAGGGCGGCAAGGGCGGGUUUGUUCCGGGAGGAGCCAGUUUGCAUAAUGUUAUGAGCGGUCAUGGACCUGACGCGGCGAGUUAUGAGGGGGCGAGGAACGCUGAUCUAAAACCGAUGAAGGUCGGGGAGGGAAGCUGUGCGUUCAUGUUUGAGAGCUGCUUGAUGGUGGGCGUGACGGAUUGGGGCCUCAAGACUUGCCAGAAGGUCCAGGAGGAUUAUAAUGAGCAUAGCUGGGGAGGCGUGAAGGUGCAUUGGAAGGGGUUGGCGGCGCUGGAGGGGGAGAAGGGUACCUCGCAUUUGCUGUGA